CACUCUUUGACAUUUUUAAGUUUCCCGCCAGUUCCGUCCCCCGUAUGUCCCAACGUUGCAGGGAACGGAAUCCGGAAGACAGAUGCCGGCAUCAGCUGGAGGAGAUGGCUGGAGACGCUGCAGGGGGGACAUCGCGGGAGCGAAGGACAAGGUAAGUGAAGAAGAGAUCCCAGAGCAACGCUGCAGUGUAUUUCCGAGUGUAGCUCGGGGAUACCGCUUGUGGUGCUGAAACUUUACCCCGAGCUACACUCGGGAAUACCGCCAGGGGGGUUAA